AUGCUUCUAUCUACGUCGCUCAACUCGUGCCAAAAGGAUUCCAAAUUCGAAGCGAGUCUCUUCAACGUCGUCUAUACACCCGGCAACAACUCGGCCGAUAUCAACGUCGUCGCAACCUCUUCCGUGCAAGGCAAAGUCGUAUUUCAGCUAUCCGUCGUCGUUUACGGCCUACCCAUCAUUACCAAAACAGUCAGCCCGUGUGAUAUAAAGGGCCUUGACGGGCUUUGCCCCAUGAUUCCCGGCAAAACAAAACUCUCCUUCAACGUCCCCGUCAGCUCCGACGCCACCAAGGACGUUCCUGGAAUCGCCUUUAGCAUCCCUGACCUGGAUGCUACUGUCCAGGUGCGAAUGAACCUGACCGAUUCAAACACGCAAAUUGCCUGUGUGGAAGCACAAAUCUCCAACGGAAAGACGGUCGAUGUGAUUGGCAUCAAAUGGGCAACAGCCAUUAUUGCUGGGUUGGCUCUCCUGGCCUCGGGAGUCGUGAGUGGUCGUGGCCAUCUGAACACCGCCGCUCACGUAGCUUCCAACUCGCUCUCCCUUCUCGGAUACUUUCAGGCCCAGGCCAUCAUCGGGUUGACCAGCGUCCACCUGCCGCCCAUUGCGCAGGCCUGGACUCAGAACUUCCAGUGGUCAAUGGGCAUAAUCCCCGUCCAUUUCAUGCAGCGAAUCUUUACCUGGUACCAACGCGCCACAGGCGGAACACCCUCCAACAUCUUUUCCACCCUUCAGACCAUUUCUGUCCAGGUCCAGAAGCGCAGCCUGGAAAUGGUGGAACGAGGCGGCGCGCUUCUGCUGCCCGAUGCCGUAAGCAGCGUUGCUGCUCGUCUUUUCCGGCGUGGUAAUACCAUGACGGAAUCUGGCGCAUACGUGGUUUUUGGCAUUCAGCGAGUAGCCUUCCGCUCCAAGAUUGAGUCGACGAAUCUCUUCAUGACGGGACUGACAUUCUUCUGUUUAUUAAUCGCCUUCACAGCCGUUGGACUUGCCCUCUUCAAAGGCGUAAUCGAGGUCUGUGCUUCCAAAGGCGUCCUCGCCAAGCAUCGCUUUAUCGAGUUUCGGAACGGUUGGCGCAUCAUCCUAAAGGGAGUCAUGUUUCGGUUUUGCCUGAUUGGCUUCCCGCAAAUCGCUAUUCUAUGCCUUUGGGAGCUGACCCAGAUCGAUUCUUCGGCCGAGGCCGCCUUGGCAGUGGUCUUCUUGGCAUCCUUGUCGGUUAUUCUAGGCUGGGGCACCAGCAAGGUUAUCCGUAUCGCCCGUCGCUCGAUUGCCAUGCAUCGAAAUCCAGCGUACAUACUCUUCUCCGACCCGCAAACUCUCAAUAAAUGGGGCUUUCUCUAUAUCCAGUUCCGCGCAUCAGCAUACUACUUUGUUGCUCCGGUCCUUAUAUACAUUCUUAUUAAAGCCAUGUUUAUUGCGUUUGGGCAAAAGGCAGGGCUGGCACAGGCUAUCGGGCUCCUUCUUCUCGAACUAGCCGCAGUCAUUGCCUCAUCAGUUAUGCGCCCCUGGAUGGACAAGCCGACAAACUCGUUUAAUAUUGCCAUCUACGUCAUCAACUUUAUCAAUGCGGUCUUUCUACUAGUAUUUUCCGACGUUUUCCACGCGCCGGGUAUUGUCCGUGGUGUUGUCGGCGUGGUCUUUUUCAUCCUCAAUGCCACGUUUUCUCUGGUCCUCCUCAUCAUGGUCAUCAUCUCCACCUCGGUCACGUUUUUCCGCAGGAACCCAGAUGCCAGGUAUCAGUACAUGGCCGAUGAUCGCGCCUCGUUUAUGCGUUCGCAAAAUCAUCUGAACACGACUACCGAGCUGGAUGCUUUGGCUGUCACAGCCAGAGGUGACAAGGGCAACUUCAAGUCAGGCUUGGACUUGGAAGAUGACGAUGGCCAUCUUCAUCCGCAACACUCGGUCAACAGGUCUGCUUCUCCGGUAAGCCCCUCGAUGCCGCUGUUCCCUGCUAGCAGGGAGCCAAGCCCUUUCCGCUCCGCUCCUCCUGCGGCCACGACGACGACGCACACGAGCCCGCCGCCUGCCGGGCCUCGCCAAGUAAACAAUGCCAGUCCUUGGAAACGUGGCGCAGGGUAUGAGUAA